AUGCUUAGAAGACUCGGGUUGGGCGUUCAGUGCCAGUUCACUAGAAAUGCGUCGAGAAAUGUGGCCAUGAAGAAUGAGGUACACCUCUCCAACAGAAGAGUCAUGAGAAAAAUCAAAAUGGGUAAGGCUAGACCUGCCAUUUUCCACCAGUUCGACACUUUGGUGGAACUCUCCGACGGAUCCGUGAUCAAGAGAAGAUCGCAGGCACCAAAGGACGAGUUGAGAAUGAUUAACGACCAGAGAAACAGCCCAUUGUGGAACCCUAACAGAAGCGACUUGGUUACUGCUGAUCCUAACGCAACAGGUAAGGUGAACAAGUUUAAGAAGAGAUUCUCGCAGUUCCAAGCGGAGGAGGCUGAGGAGAAGAAGUCCGAUGACUUCGUGGAGUUAAUGGGCCACAAUGUUACUGAGGUUCAGGCCGGAGGAAAGAUUCACGACAAGAAGAAGGCUAAGAAAUAG